UUGCGUGACAAACUAUCUCCGUCUCAUCAAAGGGUCAAAGCAAAGGAAGAAGCUAGCUAGCUACUAGUCAUGGUGAAGGCAGCGGCGAACAACGGCGGCGCGGCGGCGUGGCGGCAGCAGCUGGAAGGCGGGCAUGGCAAUGGCGGCAAGAUGAGGACGUACAAGGGCGUGCGGAUGCGGAGCUGGGGCGCGUGGGUGUCGGAGAUCCGAGCGCCGGGGCAGAAGACGAGGACAUGGCUCGGCUCCCACUCCACCGCCGAGGCUGCCGCGCGCGCCUAUGACGCCGCCCUGCUCUGCCUCAAGGGCGCCGGCGCCGGCGCCGAGCUCAACUUCCCCGUGCGCUUCCAGUUCGACCUCCCGCCGGCCGCCAUGUCGCCCAAGUCCAUCCAGCGCGUCGCGGCAGCCGCAGCCGCCAGUUCCAACGCUCCCGUCGACUUCACCUGUUCCGGCAGCACCAGCCCCAGCGCUAGUGAUAAUUGCAUCGCUCCGGACUGCAGCUCCAGCAAUGCCUCGGUGGUGAGCUCCCCGGAGACGGUCGCCAGCUGCAGUGACACCGCCGACCACGACGGCUACGACAUCGUAGGAGGCCUCCCGGAUUACAGCGCGCUCGCGGACAUCGACGCGUUCUUCCAGUCGCCCAAGUGCAUGGAGUACGCCAUGAUGGACCCGUGCAGCUCCUUCUUCGCGCCAGCGCCGAUGGAGAUGGAUGAUGGAUGCGGCUGGGAGGAGGAAGGCCACAUUGCGCUUUGGAGCUUCUCCUCUUCUUUCUGAACUCUGAAGUGGAGCCGGAGCACUGAAGCAACUGACAAAUUCGUUAUUCAAGUGAGGACCACAAUUGGUUACGCAUGGCGAUAACCCUACUUAAUUUUAUACAUAUGAAACUGUACAUUAUUUUGAUUCAAUGUAUACAGAGACAAUAAGCUAGUUAAGCAUUGUGAGGGGAGCUCUCGUGCAGCUACAUGUUUUAAGGCAGCUUCCAUGGAGUUAACCUCCUUGCAGUAGCUUGUUACAUUCAUGUGUAGAAGCUGCGUUGCAAUUGCAAGUAUAAAAUGAAGUAUAUAAGUAUGGAAUUCUAUGUUAGAUCUGG